CACACACACACACACACUAGAGGUAGACCGAUAUAUCGGUUUUACAGAUUGAUCUAUGCUGAUAGUUGCUUUUUGAAACUAUCGGUUAUCGGCAAAAUCUGUGCCGAUAGUUUUUUUAAUUUUUUAUUAUUCCUUAUUUUUUUUGUUCCUCAUCAUUAAACCUAAUCUGGUGAAAUAUAUACAAAACUCUUCAUAUAGUGAAUAUAUAGGCUUUAAAAAGCUUAAUUUGGUAAAUGCUUACAGUAAAUAUUGAGCAUUGUAAUGAAGCCAAGUUUCUGUCAUUUCAAAAUAAGAGUCCCCGAUGUAUUUUGGGCAUGUUUACAGUUAAAAGUCCCACGUUAUGUACCAAAUAUAAAUUUUUCUGGUUAUUAUUGGGAUUUUGGUUGCACAAUAAACUGCUUUUAGGAUUUUAUUCAUUUUGGACUCUUGUAGCCUCAGUGUCUGUGCCCGUCAUUGUAAGGAAAGACCAACAUUUUUUUUUAGCAUUCUAUAAAUCAAUUUCAAAUAACUACCGGCCGAUUAAUCAGUUAUCUGCCUUUCCCACCACCUUAGUUAUCGGUAUCGGCAAAAAACACUAUCAGUCAACCUCGAACACACACACACACGAAAUGAUGAUUUAAGGGAUUCACUCUCAUAUUGAAAUGCAUUUGCUACUUUCAAAACUUUAUAGUGUGUACAUGGUCAAAAGAGACAAAACUGUGUGUGUGUUGAGUAUUGUGUAAUAGUGAAAUAUUCCCACCAUUUGUACUGAUGUAACAGUAAAGAAGGAAGAAACUGAAGGACAGAGAGAGAGAGAGAGAGAGAGAGAGAGCGAGCGAGAGAGCUCGAGGAGGAGUUUGAGGAUGAAAGCUGAUCUCUCUGGGAUGUGAGCUACAUUUUACACACACACACACACACACACACAGAGGAAGGAAGAGUGAGGUAUUUCAGAUAGUGAGAGCAAGUUUUGUCAGCUGGAUCAGUGGGAGAAACUCAAGCGUCAUGCAGGACUUAACAUCAGGUUUUCUGAAUUCACCAAUCAACAGUCAUGGCACUAGUCCAGUCUCUCCCAGUGUUCAUUGACCAUCCAGCACCAGCUCUGGACCCACGUCUUCACCGGCGCUCCCCGACCGGAGCGAUGGGUGCAGUCAGCAGCAUGAUGCCCAGCCAGAUCUCCUAUCAUGACAGAGCCAGUCUGGAGGUCAGCACCAGUUUCCGCAAGGGCACGCCGGGGUCAGGACGACUGUUGUCGGACUCCUCAAAGGAGUUUCUGGUUGGCAGUCGUACCCCGUCCAGUAAGAGGAGGGCUAUUGUGAGUAAAGGCAAAGGCUUUGGUGCUCGUUCAUACUCGCAUGAAAACUUGAUAAGAGACUGGAACGAUAAUCAUUUGGAUGUGGGUUUGACUAGAGUGGACGGACCUCCAAAACUUGUCCCUGUAUCUGGACAGUUAGAGACGAACAUUCAGAAGGCAUUGAUCAGACCCACCGCCUUCAAACCCGUCGUCCCCAAGAGUCGUAAUGCAGUGCAGUACCUCUCUCCACGACUAGGGGGCACUCUAUCAGGCAGCCAGGGAAACCUCAGUAUGUUUUCUCAAGGAGACGAGGACCUUGCAUCUGUAACAAUGGAACGGCGCAGUUCCUACAGUGGAGCUCGCAACGGUUUGUUCAGCCAGUCUUUUACCAUGACGGACACCACAAGGAACUCCUUAACAAACAUCCCAUCACAUAACGGCCCUGUAUAUAACCAAAGUGAGGUGACCAAACAUCACGGACACUCAAACUCUGACAGUGGACGCUCCUCGUCCAGUAAGAGCACAGGGUCUCUGGGUGGUCGCUGUCAGCCACUGUCAGAUAUGUGCUUCAGCGGACACUCCCCUCCGCACAUCGAGGCCUACGAGGUGAUUGUGAGAGACUUAGAGGAGAAACUGAGAGAGAGAGACCUGGCACUCCAGCAGCUCAGGGAGAACCUGGAUGAGAACGAAGCUGCCAUCUGUCAGGUGUACGAGGAGAGACAGAAGCACACUGAGCUGGAGAUGGAGGAGUUCAGACAGACCUGUGCAGCUAAAAUGCAGAAGUCGUCUCAAAAAGCACAGCGAGAUCAACAGCUACUGCAACUGCAAGCGUUUCAGCUGCAACAGGAGAGUAAGAAACAGCAGGAGGAUUUUACGCAGCUGCUGCAGGAGCGACAGAGACUCGAGGAGCGCUGCGCUUCUUACGAAAGAGAACACACACAGCUCGGCCCCAGACUGGAGGAGACCAAAUGGGAGGUGUGCCAGAAGUCCGGUGAGAUUUCAUUAUUGAAGCAGCAGUUGAAAGACCUGCAGGCCGAUCUGUCUCAGCGUGUUGGUGAACUCAUGACUCUGCGCGGGCAGCUGAGGGAAGUUCGCGCAGAGCUGCAGACGUGUCAGAGUCAGCUGCAGGAGGCGCACACGGCCUCUCAUACCCGAACUCUGGAGCUCGAGGUGUGUGAGAAUGAACUGCAGCGUCGCAAGAGUGAAAAUGAGCUGCUCAGAGAGAAAAUUAGCUGUCUUGAGGAGUCGUCGUCUAGCCUGCGCGAGGCUCUGAGCGCCACGCACGUCCACGACUCGUCCUCCUACAGAGGGGGCGGGGAGGAGCAGCGGCUGACCAGUGAAAGUGAGGAGUUAAAGGGAUCAAAGCAGCAGAUCGACAGACUGAAGGCGGAGCUUGCUUACGAACGCCAGAGUUUGUCCGAUCAGGCCGCAGCGUUCGAGAGUGAGAGGAAGAGUUGGGAAGAGGAGAAAGAUAAAGUGAUUCGAUAUCAGAAACAGCUACAGCAGAACUACAUACAGAUGAACAAACAGAACCGUGCACUGGAGCGAUCUCUGCGUGAGCUCAGUCUUGAGCUGGAGUCCAGAGAGCAGGACGAUGAAAGCAGCGGUAAUGAAGUCACCUUUGAUGACAUCGCUGCUACGGAGAUCUAACAUCCAUCUUCAAACCCUAAACAUGUAUCACAUCGUUUGAGAAGCUAUAUUAUGCUCUACUGCUAGUACUAGCUUUACAUUAUAUGCAACAAAGAUUAGGCCACAACAAGCAGUUUUUUGAGGCCACAGUACAGUACCGACCCGCUUUAAAGAGUUUCGUCAUGCCUUUUGUUUAUCAUGAUCUGUGUGACCCAAGAAUUGGAGAAACUUCAAUAAGUACGACAGGGCUUCACUGAAAGUGUCAUUUAUUAUUCUGGAAUGUGGCACACAAUACUGGCAUAUUUAUUUGAAUACUGAGUGUUUAAUUAAACUUACUAAAGUGCACUUUAGUGGCAUUCAUGUAUUUGAGUAGAAUUCAGGACGUGAACGCAGCAUUAUUUAACACAGAAUUCAGGUAAGAUUCCAUAAACUCUGGAUUUAAGGGACAUAAACCAUUUUAGUUUUAUAAACGCUCAUGACUGUUAUAUCUGUACCCAAAUAAAACACUAAAUGCAAUUAAUUAAACACCAUCACUGUUAAGAUGAAUUGUUCUUUCAUGUAGAAGCCACUGCGAGUAGACCAAAGCAUUAUGAGAAACUGCUCUGUAUCUUGUGGGUGAUUCUUGUGGCGGUAUUGUAAUUUUAUAAUUAACAGUGUUUGUAUGAAGUCAAUACGUUGUAUAUUUUUUGUGUUGCAUAUUUAAUGUUCCUAUAAGCUGUUUGUAAUUAAACACCUGCAAUAACAUAUGCUGUUUUUUAUUCAAAUAUUUCUGCACUUAAAGAGCCUGAUCCAACAUUUUUGUAAACCGGGAUCUUAAUCGUGAACAGUAUUAUGAUGGUCACUAGAGCUCUUAUAUCAGGAUUCAUUUGAGUUUAUAAAAUAAUAAUAAUAAUAAUAAUCAUUUACAAAAAUGUUCAUGUCCCAAAGGGUCUUCAGUUUGUUUUGGAUGUGUACAGCUUUAAUUCAGAAAGUGUAACGUCUGGUUGGAUUCUCGUGAGCUUGCAAUAUCGGUUUAUUUUCCUGAGAUUCCGGAAUAAUCUUAUCAUCUGUGGAAUGUUGACUGGAUUGUGCAUUCAUCCUAAAUACUGUUUAAUGUGUUCUAGUUUAUCCUGAAUGGGUCUUUGGUCACUUUAAAGCGGGGACCGAAAAUGAAACAGAUAUUUUUGCAGAACGAAACCCAAAACGGCGGCAAAGUCCCUUUCAAAAUGUCAUUUCUUAAUGUUGGUAACCUCCGAUCAUUCUUUUCAUGAAACUAAAGUCUAAAUAGUUUAUCACAGUCAAUUUUCAGAAUGACACCACUUCCUGUUGCCCAAAAAAUGGGCUUGACUCUUUUAGUAGAAAUGAUGCUCAUGUGCUUUGAUUCUGAAGGAAACUGCUGCAUCACACAUUUCUUUGCCUGACUGCACGCUGUGGAUGAUUCUGUGACACGCUGAAGACAUUUAAGAAAACUACACUGUACAUAAGUGGGGCAGUGGUGGCUCAGCGGUUAAGGCUCUGGGUUACUGGUCGGGGGUUCAAGCCCCAGCACCGCCAAGAUGCCACUGUUGGGCCCUUGACCCUAUCUGCUCCAGGGGCACUGUAUCAUGGCUGACCCUGCACUCUGACCCCAGCUUAGCUGGGAUAUGUGGAAAGAAGAAUUUCACUGUAUAUGUGCAAAUGUAUAAUGUGUGAUAAAUAAAGAAAAUUAUUAUAAUUAAUUAAUUACUACAUAUACAUGAUGCACAGUUAAUACAAGGAUAUCAAGGUAAAAAAGAACUUUUCUCAGUUCUAUCUUCACUGAAUUAUUGUUGGAUAUGAUGCAUUAACACAGAUUUGAUGCUGCUGAGUUUUUACAGAAUCUGUAAUUAAAACAAAUAAUUAAAUAUUUAUUAAAUAUUAAAAAUAACAUAAUUGGCACACAUAAGAUGACGCUUGUGUGCAUGUAUGCAGGAGAGGGAGAUUUUGGCUGUUAAUUGAUUAUUAGAUGGCCAGAUGUAUUUUUGAAAUAUAUUUAAUAUUAAUAAUACAUUUAUUGAAAAGACAUUGGUUAGUUUAUAUGGGCUACUGUAUACUCUGCUUGUUAUGAUUUCUAUGCUGAUAAUUCCCCCACAUGGGAAAAAAUUGAUUUGCUUAUUAUGACUUAUUGUGUUUGGGGCAAGUCCAUUUAUUUUGAACUUGUUUUUUCCAGAUUACGUUUCUUUUUGUCCUUGAGAUCUGGUAACACUGCAGCUGGUAUAUCACCCACCCUUAGUACAGAGUACUGUCAUGUAAAAAAAGAACGUUAUUAACUGUUCUUUAAUUUAGUUCUAACCGGUUAUCAAAAAAUACUGUUUCUGCUCAGAACGAACCGAAAUGAAAAACAAUUCGUUUUUAGUCCCUACUUUAAAGUCUGUGACAAUCAUUCUAAGAACCUUCUAACAAAAGAGCAGGUGGGUGAAUCUCAUGAAACCUGUCAAGAACAUGUAUGGGACAUAUUUCACCCCAGAACCCCCAAAUCAAAUGAAAGAGAGACAUAUAUAUAUAUAUAUUUGCCUAAAGAAAAUGAAGCCUGUUGUUAUUUUCUGCAUUGUGAAAUGCAGAAAUAUCCUUACUGUAUGAAGACAUUUUCAUAUUCAUAAGAAUUUUCAUCUCUGUAUUAUGACAAUAAUAUAUGUUAUAAAUGGUCUCAUAUUUACACCAUGUUCAUAUUUGUUGUACUGCCUUUAAUUUGUGCUAAUUCAAUUAAGAGAAUCAUUGUAUUACAAUACUAAAAAUUAAUGAGAAUAACCAUUGAGAAUGAGAAAAACACACACACACACUCACACACACUCUCUCUCACACACACACACACACACACACACACACACACACAAACACACUCAAACACACUCUCUCUCACACACACACUCAAACACACACUCUCUCACACACACACACACACUCUCUCUCUCUCUCUCACACACACACACACACUCACACAUACACACACACUCAAACACACUCUCUCUCACACACACACACACUCUCUCACACACACACACACACACAC